UUGACAUUGAAAUUUGAAGUUUGAUUUAACAGCUGCAAAACCAGAAUUUAAUGUUGUGAUAGUUUUAUAGGGAAGAAUAGUGGUAAAAUUGUGAAAUAAACAACAUUCAUCAUGUUCAAAAAAUUCGAUGAAAAGGAAAGCAUCUCUGGAGUUCAGCAGCUAAAAUCAUCAGUACAGAAGGGUAUCAGGUCACGCUUGUUGGAGCUUUACCCAUAUUUAGACAACUACAUUGACCAGAUUCUACCCAAAAAGGAUACUUUUAGGAUUGUCAAAUGCCACGACCACAUCGAAAUUAUGGUGAACAGUGCUGGUGAGCUGCUCUUCUUUAGACACAGAGAAGGAUCGUGGAUGCCCACACUCAGGCUGCUACAUAAAUAUCCAUUCUUCCUACCAAUGCAGCAAGUGGACAAAGGUGCCAUACGCUUCGUGCUUAGUGGCGCCAACAUUAUGUGCCCCGGUCUGACGUCACCAGGGGCGAGGAUGAGUUCCGUGGAAAAGGGCAGCGUGGUGGCAGUGAUGGCUGAGGGGAAGGAACACGCAUUGGCUAUUGGCAUCACUUCGCUGUCUACUAAGGAAAUAGCCGAAGUAAAUAAAGGAGUUGGAAUAGAAAACUGCCAUUAUCUCAAUGAUGGACUCUGGCAAAUGAAACCAGUGAAGUAAGCCUGCGGAAGCCCAUUCUUGUAUUAAUAAAAUAUUAAUAAAAUUAUUUUAAGCUUUUUUCUGAAAUAAAUAUGUAUGGCACAAA